GGGUAGGUGAAUGUAAGAACAGUAGAAGCGUGGAGCUCGUUGUGUCCUGCUCGCAUAUAAAACAAUCAGGGUGUUUCAUUCAUUCAUUCAUUUCAUUUACUGACUUACUUACUCACUUCUAGAUCAUUCCUUCUCUUCUCUCUGGGGGUUUCCUGAGAUCACAUUGAACAAUGGUGAAGGCUGUGGCAGUUCUUGGUAACAGUAAUGAUGUCUCUGGUACUAUUAGCUUCACUCAGGAGGGAAAUGGUCCAACCACUGUGACUGGAAAUCUUUCUGGUCUUAAGCCUGGCCUCCAUGGCUUCCAUAUCCAUGCCUUGGGGGACACCACGAAUGGUUGCUUGUCAACCGGACCACAUUUCAAUCCUAAUGGUAAGGAGCACGGUGCCCCUGAGGAUGAGACUCGACAUGCUGGUGAUUUAGGAAAUGUCACCGUCGGUGAUGAUGGAACCGCAAGCUUCACUAUUACUGACAAUCAGAUCCCUCUCACCGGACCAAACUCAAUCAUAGGAAGGGCUGUUGUUGUUCAUGCUGAUCCUGAUGAUCUUGGGAAAGGUGGUCAUGAGCUUAGCAAGACUACUGGAAAUGCUGGUGGCAGAGUAGCUUGUGGUAUUAUUGGUUUGCAAGGAUGAACUUCUGGGAUGCAUGAAGUUGGAAUAGUGCGUGAUGAUAUGUCGAAGCUUUAGAAGAAUAAAUUGCACUGAUCCCAUCUCUUGCUUGUUUAGGUCUGAUAUGUACUGUUGAAUUAUGUGUUUUUGCUUGUGUCGAAAUCUCAAUGGCUAUAUGACUGCACUUGGUACUCAAUUUAUGAAUUCACCUGAAGUUACUGUCAUGCUUGUUUUCAGUUUGUAGUAUGAUCUUAAGGAAAUGUGAGCUUUUAAUAAACGACUUCAUAUUACAUCA